AUUUGAUUUAAAGGACACAAUCCACCUUGUUGUUUAAAAAUAUUACAUAAUCAGUGUUUGACAAGAGGGAGUGUGUGAGUCCAUGAGACAUUUUAAUAACCAUAGACAUUUGUACAAGAGUGAGCGUCACGACAGGUAGGAAUGGUGUAAAUUAUGUCACAGAAAUAAAUCCUUUGAUUUGUUAUUCGCAAAGGUCUGUGAUGUUGAUGUGUUAUUUUUGUUUAGUCGGUAGGGCUCUUCUUCAUGUGUAUCACACCAACCUCUUGACUGGGAAGUGGGCGGGCAUCGUCUGGGUUUGUAUUCACUUCAGUAUUGUUUCGCACACGUAUUUCCACAGAAUUCUGGUCUGAGCGAGCAGGCCACUGCCAGCUAUUUUAUUUUCCGGAAAACUUCAGAUGGAAUUAAAGAGAGAUUUUAGGGGAACCAAAGAGAUGUCUGGAAAUACCACGCACGGAGCAUGCGGGAACAUCAACCUAUAUUUUACGCACGCCUUUCUGCCGCCCGUGUUCAUCACGGUGUUCGUCGUCGGGACGCUGUCCAACAUCUGGGGACUGAGAAACGUGUGCACCAACUGGAACAAAAUAGGAAACAUUAACAUUUUCAUGUUCAACCUGGGGGUGGCGGACCUUCUGUACCUGUUCACCCUGCCGUUCCUCGUGCACUAUUACGCGUGCAAAAGCCGCUGGCAGUUCGGUCAGCCUUUCUGCAAGGUGACACGUUUCUGCUUCAACCUCAACCUUUAUGGCAGCAUUGGCUUCCUCACCUGCAUCAGCAUCUACAGGUACCUGGGCAUUGUGCACCCCAUGAGAGUGAUGGGGAAGAUCACCAGCCGCCACUCGCUGGUCAUAAGCGCCUUGGUCUGGCUCUUCGUCAUUAUUCAGAUCCUCCCAGAUAUGUUCUUCGACAAGAAUGAUCUAAAAUCCCCAAACUCGUGUUACGACACCACCUCGGACGAGUUUAUCAGAGGCUACCUGCCUUACAGCAUUGGCUGGACCAUCACAGGGUUUGCCAUACCAUUGGUUAUCAUUUUGGUCUGUUAUGGACAUGUUGCUGUGGUUCUUGUCAAAAAAGCCAACGUCAACCCUCUGCUGAAGCAGCGGUGUCUAAAACUGGUCGUGAUUCUGGUGAUACUAUUCUCCAUCUGUUUUAUCCCCUACCAUGUCUUUAGAAAUGUUAAUCUGAAAACCAGGAUUUUGAAGCAGAAUGGGAUUUGUCGCACUAGUUACCGAGACAUCUACAUUGCGCAUCAGGUCGGCAGAUGCCUGGCUUGUCUAAACAGCGCAUUAAACCCUCUGAUUUAUAUCGUGGGGAAUGACGAUUUCAUGAUGAAGCUUCAUCACCUCAGCAGGCGGGCCCGGCUGUCUCUGGCCGGCCUGACAGGAGCGAUCCUUUACCGCAAACCGAUGGAAGCGGACGCGGAUUCACCGUCAGAGACUCGCGGUAACUCCGACCCAAUGAAAGUAUAAAACGCACAAUCGGUUCAUCUGAGAUACACUUCCGUGUGGCUGAGUCCCUGAGUAUCAUGCACCGCCAGAGCUACCACAUUUCCGGGAACAAAGUACAAUGAUGAGCGAUGAUUUGCAAGAUAUUGAGCCUUUUAUCUAGCAGUGCCAUAAGACAUCUAAUGUUCUGCUGCAAAGUCCAAUUCAUGUACUUUGCUUGAGCAUUGUAUUACUUGUUUAUAUUUUUGCGAUAUACGUAUUACACUACUUUUGCACUCCUACAGGUGAAGCAUUUGACACAGGCUACUUGGCAAACGUUUGUAUAUUCCAGGGUUUACCAAACCCUUAAAAGCUUUUGAAAAAGAACCAUAUUAAACUGUCAGAGUGAUCAUCCCACAGCCUUUAUAUUGCACGUUUGUUUAGAGAACUGCAACAGUGAUGUAAGUGCUGGGAUCUACUUUCUGAAGAAUUGGUGGAAGAAAUAUUCAAAACACCACACUGUAAAAAAUAAUAAUAACAGCUGUCCUGUAUUAAAAUGUUUAAAUAAAAGUAUUAUCAACUAAAUUUUCUCAAAUAUAAAAAAAUUAAAGUUCUCUAUUUAUAUUGUUGGAUCAUUAUACACAGGUUAAUAUAUUCUGUUUACGAGAUGGGUUUAUUCAACUGUAGGAUCAUUUUGGAGUGUUUACUUUGUGCUGCUGUUGAACUGUUUUUGCAUUAUACAGAGAUGAGCUUCUGUUAUUGUUUUCACCCCAUUUAUAUCAGUGAAGGUAGGCUAACAAUACCCUCACUGACUUUUGUAUUAGACUGCAUAGUUUUGGUAGGUGUACCUAAUAAACUGGCAACUGUUUGUAUACACAAUAAGGCUGCAAAUAACGAUCAUUUUCUUUAUCCAUUAAUGUGCUGAUUUAUCAAACAUCAGAAAACAGUGAAAGAUACCUGCCACAAAUGUUUAAAGCGCAAGUUGACGUCAUCAGAUGUUUUGUUUCAUUUGACUAAGAAUCCAAAAUCCAAAGAUAUUCAAUAUACUAAGGCACCACAAGGAAAAGCAGAAAAUUCUGUUGUGGAAUGUAAAUAUUUUAUGAAAGAAUCAUAUCCAACAGAUAGCACAUACUUAGAAUAUAACCUCUCUGCCCUUAAAGACAACGAGACAUCAUCAAUUGUUCAUGUCGCUUGGAUCGCCAUGACUACAUGUCGGAUUAUAAUCAAGUGUGAAAGCACAUUUUGCUCAUAAGAGCCAGAGCUAUUGAUGUGUUGACUGACAGCGAGAUACAGCAGCAAGCAUCAGACAACAUGAGUUAAUUGGGUUAAGUGUUAAUAAGAUGACCAUGUGUGUGUAUGUAAGGUCUCGAUCUGAACAAAGGCAAAUAAAUGUAAUAGGGUAAAAAAUAUAUAAUAUAUAAAUAAUAUUUCCCUCUGGAAUGUAGUGGGGUCGUAGUAUAAAAUAUCACAAAAUGGAAAUGCUCAAAUAAAGUACAAGAACCUACAGAGUUGUAGUGAAUGUGUCUAAUUUACUUCCCCCUGCAGGUUUUAAGACAAC